ACAUCCCACUUUCUAAAUAAUUUAUUAUUGUUUACAAACAGGAGCAGAAAGUUUGGAGAAAACAGAACUCUGAAGGGAACGUUGAGGAGGUGGGGUGAGGGUAGGCAGGAGGCCCAUAUCCUGUGUGGCCAUCCCCUGGCAUCCGGACCUCACCCACAAAUGGUCAUAUAUAAGUGCUCAGGACUCCACUAUCCUUACCAACUUCCUUGAAGCAAGAGCUUUCUGUAAGCACAAACCCUGAUGGAGGAGAAGCCCAGCUCGGCUCACGUGACAUCCACCGUGGUUCACAUCGACACGGACAGUAUCCCGCGGGAUUAUGUUACCUGGUCCAUAUUUAACACCCUGUUCAUGAACAGCUGCUGCCUGGGUUUCAUUGCCUAUAUCUACUCUGUGAAGUCCAGGGACAGGAAGAUGGUGGGCGAUAUGAAUGGAGCCCAGACCUUUGCUUCAACUGCCAAGAACCUGAACAUCAGUGCUGUGAUCAUCUCCAUCACUAUAUUCAUCAUACUUAUCAUUGUAUAUAGCACAGUUGAAAAAUAGGGAAAAUAUUUUUAUAUAACCAUAUAGACACUGUGAAGUAUGUGCUCUUGGUGUACAGAGUCAAUGGAUUAAAUUCUCUCAUACAUCGUUUUCUUGAUGAAAGCAUGCAUGUGUUCUGCCCUUCGCAAUUGCCCCUUAUCCUGGAUAGGGGCC